AUGCGCGGCCAGAGAGAAUCAAGAGAAAAGAAACAGCCCAGUGCAGCGGUGCUGCAAUACCUUCCAGUAUGGUUGGAGCUCUUUGAGAACAUUCUUUCUGGAUCAACCUUCGUAAAAGCAUUCUUUGAAUCUGUAAUUAAUUAUGGUUUCGUAGUUUGGGGAAAUACAAGUUUAGCAACGUUAUCCAAGUUACAGGUAGCUCAGAAAUGGAUCAUAAAAAUUAUGCUUUUCAAACUGAAACGAUAUUCAUCUGAACUUGUUUUUAGAGACAGUAAAAUACUGAACCUAGAGCAGCUCUAUUUAAAAUCACUUAUAAGAUUUAUGAUGAAAUAUGAUUUCUACAAAGAAUACUUACAGCAUGGCCAAAAUACAAGAAGUGCUGCUCAGGCAAAAGUAAAAUUGCAAAACCCUAGACACACAGCUUGCCAGAGUCACGUUUACUGUAUAGGUCCAAAAGUUUAUAAUGAUGUGCCAAAUAGUAUUAAGAGAUUGAGAUAUUCUACUGUUAAAAAGGAAUUAACAAGAUGGAUUAUUGAUAGUCAAUACGCCAUUAAUUAUGUAAUAUAA